UUGAUUCGUAGUCGGACGUUUCCAAUUUUGCAAUAAUCAAUUUUUCGGAUAGCCUCGGUCUCCUUGGACGUUUUCAUCUGUUCGUGCCGACGAUAUCUGAGAUUCUAGUAUUUUGUCACCCAUGUGUAUAAAUUUUAUUCUAAAGUUUCUUCAUUAAAUGAGUUCAAUCGUUAAACCGGAAUUUCUAGCCCUUCGCUAUUCAAAUAUUCAGUAACAACUAUGAUUUCCAGUUGGCUGCGCCCGUCUCACAAGGUGUCAGUCUGAGAAGUCGAGGCGCUUCAACGUUCUUUAUGAAAAAGGCAGACAAGGAGAGAAAAAAGAAAAAAGCCGACUCUGUUUCCUCACUCACCCCGGUUCCUAAGUAGAAAAAUCGUUCCGUUCCGUCUUCUAAUUGGCAGUGGUUGGUUUUAGCAAUUCGAAACAUGUCAUAGCACACGAGUGGCGUUGAUUUUUUGAUCUCGUGCCGGUUCGAUUCGUCCAAAGCAAGCUAUGGAUAAGGAAAAUGAGGUCCGAAAGAUCCCAGAGCCCAUAUCGACGCACCCGAGCCACGUGCUCAUCCCAGAGCCCAUAAUCUGGUACACGAAAGACGGGAAAACUUCUCACACCACGACACACGAAGUCAUAUCCCAGCAAUAUCUGAGUUUGUCGGGCUCAAAUACGGAAUACGGAUCACUGACAGCAAUGACCUCCAAUCAACCAGGUACGUCUAAGGUUAUAUAUUGCGUCCAUGGAAAGCCAGGAGGAUGUUGUGCCACUAUUGUUAACACUGACGGAAGUACGGCUGGAAGUGGUGAAAUUAAAAUCGCUGACGAACAUUGUCACCAUGACCGGGGCGAUCUCGUCGACAGGAGAGCAAGACGGAAGCUCAUCAUCGCCAGUGUCCUUUGUGUCUUCUUUAUGAUCGCAGAAGUGAUCGGAGGCAUUUUGUCUCAUUCACUAGCGAUCGCGACAGAUGCAGCUCACCUCUUGACGGACUUUGCCGGGUUUAUGAUCUCUUUAUUCUCUUUGUGGAUGUCAACAAGGAAGCCGACUCGUCUCAUGCCUUUCGGCUGGCACAGGGCAGAGGUUAUUGGAGCCCUCACAUCUGUCUUAACUAUUUGGAUUGUAACUGGUAUUCUAGUCUAUAUGGCCAUUGAGAGAAUUGUGCUGGGAAAUUAUGAAAUCGACGCUUUUGUUAUGUUAGUUACCUCAGCUGUAGGAGUAGUUGUUAAUUUAGUUAUGGGCAUGACACUACAUCAGCAUUCUCACUCCCAUGGUGGCCACCACCAUAAUCAACUUGAGUCUGAACUUCCACUAAAAAAAAAUAAGAAAAAUAUAAAUGUCAGGGCAGCAUUCAUUCAUGUCCUUGGUGAUCUCAUCCAAAGUGUUGGAGUUUUAAUUGCAGCUAUUGUUAUUUAUUAUAGGAAUGACUGGAAAAUAGUUGACCCAAUCUGCACAUUCCUUUUUUCAUUUCUUGUGCUGAUGACCACAUUCUCCAUAAUCAAAGAUGCUCUUAUUGUCCUUAUGGAAGGUAUGCCAAGAGAUGUCGACUUCAAUGAUGUUCUUAACACUUUCUUGGAUAUUGAAGGUGUAGUUGCCGUGCACAACCUUAGGAUUUGGGCCCUCAGUCUUGACAAAGCUGCACUUGCUGCUCAUUUGGCAAUCAAACCAGGUGCAACUCCGCAGGACAUUCUUAAAACUGCAUCACAGAGGAUUCAUCAGAAGUACAACUUUUUUGAAAUGACCCUGCAGAUUGAAAAUUUUUCCCAAAAGAUGGAGGAAUGUGUACAGUGCCAGGACAGUUCCAGGCUAUUGACUUUGCCUGAUGAUAGUCCGAGAAAGCAGUCCAAACUAAGCCGUUUGAAAGAGACUUUACAGGAGAUUUCCGGUUUAACACGUAGUUCAGGUGCCAAAGCAUCGAUUAAAAGUACAGACACAAGAGGCUCUAGUAAACAGAAGCGUAAGAAAUCAUCUCAUAAACAAACAGCAAAUUUAAAAGAUUCGGAAGGUAGUUCAAGUGCAGCUGGUAAAGCAAAGCAGGAGAAAAAUGCUGAUCGUUCAUCGAGUAUAGCAGGACUCAGUCGAGAUAGCCAGCCAAGAGGUAAAAGCACACCAAAGGAACGUUCUACGGACAGAGAAGAGAUUAGAAAACAUGGAAAGACUAAUCCUAAAAAGAAGGGAUUUUAGUCCAUUUUAAUGCCACUUCUUUUGCCUAAAUAAAAGACAAAUUGGAAGCUGAUGGCUUAUACAUUCCCAACUCCAAACACCUAUUAAACAAACAAGAAAUUCGAGGGAAUGUCCAGAUUGUUAAUACGAUUUUUGAAUACAAAGAAGAUUAUUUAUUAUUCUGUUAUACAUUGGUUCUAAAAGCAGAUAUAAUCACACGAAUUCAACAGAUUCAAAAAUACAGCAAUACAUUUUUAAUAUGAA